UUUUGCGCCAAAUAUUAACGUGCAAAGAAUAUCAACAAAGCUUUUCGUUCUAAAAAGUUGCAAGUUUGAGACAUUCUUAGGAAUUUUUCUUUGUUAGUUUAGAAACAGUGUCUAAGGAAGGAUAAGUGAAGACCAGAUGGGUAUUCACGGAUUAACAAAACUGCUUGGUGAUUGUGCUCCGUCCUCUAUGAAAGAGAAUGAAAUAAAGAAUUAUUUUGGCAGGAAAGUGGCCAUUGAUGCCUCCAUGAGUAUUUAUCAGUUUCUUAUUGCCGUGCGAAGUGAUGGAAGUCAAUUGACAAACGAAGCAGGAGAAGUCACCAGUCAUAUUAUGGGAAUCUUUUAUCGAACAAUAAGAAUGGUGGAGAAUGGUAUAAAACCAGUUUAUGUGUUUGAUGGAAAACCACCUGAAUUAAAGUCUGGUGAGCUUGCAAAGCGAACAGAAAGAAGAGAACAAGCACAGAAGGACCUUAAAGCAGCUGAAGAAGCUGGGGACACCGCAAUGAUUGAUAAGACCCAGAGACGUCUGGUCAAAGUAACAAGGCAACAUAAUGAGGAAUGCAAGACUGUUUUAAAACUAAUGGGCAUUCCUUAUUUAGAUGCACCAUGUGAAGCUGAGGCCCAGUGUGCUUCUCUUGUUUCCAAUGGAAAGGUUUAUGCCACUGCAACUGAAGAUAUGGACAGCCUGACGUUUGGUUCACUAAUAACUUUACGACACAUGACAUUUAGCGAAGCCAGAAAAAUGCCAAUUCAGGAGUUUCACUUAAACAAAAUUCUAGAAGAGCUUGGCUUGUCACAAGAUGAAUUUGUUGACCUCUGCAUUCUACUUGGCUGCGAUUAUUGUGACUCUAUAAAAGGUAUUGGACCAAAAAGAGCAAUAGAUUUGAUCACACAACAUCGAUCAAUUGAAAAAAUUUUAAACCAUAUUGACACUAAGAAACAUCCAAUACCUGAGGAUUGGAGAUACAAGGAAGCCCGAGAGUUAUUCAAAAAUCCCGAAGUUGCUGAUCCACAGACAGUUGAGUUGAAAUGGAACGAUGCUGAUGUCGAUGGUCUUGUUGAUUUUCUUGUCACACAAAAAGGCUUCAGCGAGGACAGAAUCCGGUCAGGAAUUACCAAGCUGCAGAAAGCACGCAAGACUUCAGUUCAAGGCAGACUUGAUGGUUUUUUCAAAGUUAUUUCAACAACACCGAACAACUCAAAUAAACGCAAAAAUGACAGCAAGAAGACGAAGGGACCCGCGAGUAAAAAAGCGAAGUCAGGUAACUUUGGUAAACGAAGAUGAUAUCAUGGUUUGAAUUUUUUGAUUUCGUUAAAACAUUUGAUUUUUACUAUUUUUGGUGCGAAAAAAUGUUGUUGAAGUUGUAGUUACUAUUAUCGAUAAAAAGGUUUUCGUAAUUGUAAACGCUUUAUGCCUGCAUGUAUAUAAAAAAACGAUGCCGUAUCAGGGGCGAAACUGGAGGAUAUCAAGAAGAAACAUGGGAUGAAACAUGUAAAGAUACUUUCGAUUUUAUUUGUAACAGUAUGAAAUAUAGUCCACGCAUUUUGUGAAGAAGCCUUGAUAAUGAUGUCGCAAACAUGCAACAACAGAAAAGGGGACUACGCACAAGUAUAAUGCAAUUUAUUAACUCUGUCGGUGUUUGGGUAAACAAUUUAUUCCCUCACGUGUCUAUUGUAUUUUCCUUAAAUUAACCAAUAGUAAUCUUUGUUAUAACAUGUGUUGUUCAAGUCACGAUUGAAGAGCUCAGACAAAACAUUGCUGCAUUAAUUAGACAAAAAUUUGAUCCCGCAUUUUUUGCCUGAACCUGGGCGGAGAUAAUUGAAUUUAUAAAGUUAUUGUGUUUCACCCGCAUCUUGUAAUAUUUGCAAUCGA